CCCCCCCGCCGGCGCUUUCGCUCUACCCUAGAUAAUGAAACCCAUCGCCCAAGCGGCAAUCAUGGCGGUUUGUCAUGAGCCUGUUCCCGACGGCGAGACCGACGAAGGUUUCGAUGAGAUGCUUGAGACAGUCGAGUGGCAGGUAAACUGUGUGCUGGAGGAGAAGGGCAAGAGCGUCUACGAGCACGCCCAGAGGUUUAUCGUUGCCACGAUCUGGGAGACCGGGUAUCGGUUCCAGUUCGGCCCCGGAAGGAUUGCCAGCAAACUGGACAAGAACGUUUCGGACAUCACGGAGCAAGACGCCGUCAACGCCUUCAUCCCAUACCUGGACAACCCCACCAACGGUCCGGGCUUCGACGACGACGGCAACGAAACUGACGGCGAAGAAUACGGCAAUGGCUUGGGAGGCGAUGGCUCGGGCGGCGACGGCUCGGGCGGCGACCGCGGCACCAACCGCGGUAACGUCGAGGCGGGCGAGCAGCGUGGUGCUGACGAGGAUGCAGUCCCCUCCGAGCGCACCAACAAAGAAAUGACGGAUGGAGGAGGGGCAUCCGGUAGUGGUGUUCGUAAGGCUGACUAGGGUUACGGAUAACGGUGAUAGUAAGGCUGACCAAGUAUGCGGGAAGUCGCACAAGUAUUUUUCGGGGUCAUCUUCCGUAUCACAGCGGGAGACAUAAUGACCAAAAUAGGUUGGGUUCGUCCAGCCCAUGAGCCCAUGGAUGGUGUUUUUUCUUUAGUCGCACAGCUUUUCGGGCACGGCAUUUUGCCUGUACAUGUAUACUAGUGAUGUUUUCAGCAACGCCGUGUACUAAUACCAUGCACACACAGCAGUUGCAGCUCGUCUUUUACAGUUGGCGGGGGUUGUCUUGUAGCGUGGCGAUGUCAGGAAUGCUGGUCGUGCAAAUAGCAGCAAAGUAGCACUUUGCGCUGCUGGUGUAGGGGAAUUUUGUCAGUCCUUUUUCUUUGUCGCUCUCGCUCUGUUCGGUACUUUUCCGUUGCGGGAAAACUUAGCGACACAAUGUUGGGCGGUGUGAGCACAGCCAAGUAUAGUGCUCUUUACCCUCUGGUGUAGAUAUUUUAAAAUUGGACAUUUCCGUUUUUGUUGAUAGCAGUUCUAUUAAGCUCCUACGUAUAUAGGUAGCCCUUUUCCUUCGUCGUUGUAAUAAAUUUCGUCUUGUUUUUCGUUGCAGGGAUUCCGUGGAGAGUCGUUGGGUGUUUCGUGAUUUAGGAAAGAGAAAAGGAAGUACUAGACCUGCUUCAAUAUCAACGGCUGUGGCACUUCCUCACGCCAUGUAUUACUGCUUGCCGUGCUCACCUACCUUGUGAGUGUUGCUUCUAAGUAACGAGGUCAUUUUAGAGAGGGACAACACGUGAACGUGAACAACAUCACGUGAGUUGUUCCCAGCAGCCUCUCUCCUGGAAGAGACGCAUCGCCACAUCCUCCUGGACACUAAUUGUCCCCCAUUUACUCACGGGAAAGUUCUCUGGCCGUCCCUCUCGAGGUUGUUCUUUGUAAUAAUCCACGGCGGGGAAAACAUUACCCAACCUCCCAGAGGAUUUUCACCUCCCCUCCCUCCCAGAGGUUACCGUUUUUCNAAUUUCGUCUUGUUUUUCGUUGCAGGGAUUCCGUGGAGAGUCGUUGGGUGUUUCGUGAUUUAGGAAAGAGAAAAGGAAGUACUAGACCUGCUUCAAUAUCAACGGCUGUGGCACUUCCUCACGCCAUGUAUUACUGCUUGCCGUGCUCACCUACCUUGUGAGUGUUGCUUCUAAGUAACGAGGUCAUUUUAGAGAGGGACAACACGUGAACGUGAACAACAUCACGUGAGUUGUUCCCAGCAGCCUCUCUCCUGGAAGAGACGCAUCGCCACAUCCUCCUGGACACUAAUUGUCCCCCAUUUACUCACGGGAAAGUUCUCUGGCCGUCCCUCUCGAGGUUGUUCUUUGUAAUAAUCCACGGCGGGGAAAACAUUACCCAACCUCCCAGAGGAUUUUCACCUCCCCUCCCUCCCAGAGGUUACCGUUUUUCCACCCCUCUAGAGGUCAAACCAAAUCCUAUCAAGGGGUAGGUCAAACCAAAUCCUCUGGAGGAUUGCCCAAAAAAAAGAAGCUCUGAUUUGGAAAAAAGGUUAUCCCCUCAAAGGAAAGCCCCCCACCCAGUGCUCUGGAGGAUCACCGUCCGAAAUCCUCUGGAGGAAGUUGUAAUGUGUUCCCCGCGGAGUAUUUCUUCCGACGAUCCUCCAGAGGAUUCCGGGCAGUGAUCCUCCAGGGCUUGGGGUGAGGGUUUCCUCUGGGGGGAUAACCUUUUUACCAAAUCAGAGCUUCCGCUUUUUUGGGCAAUCCUCUGAGGAUUGCUGUUUCACCUUUCCCCUAG